UGCAUUGCAAACAUGUGGCAACGACUGAGACGCCUUGUUAACUUCUAAAAAUACUUGAGCACCUUCAAUAUUAUUUCUCGUCCUCGUUCUGAACUGGAUUUGUAGCCUGUUACUCUCCAUCUGGCAAUCAACAACUGACUACAUCCCAUCGAUUGUUUGAAAUGCCCGAGUUUGCUGACUGUCACAUUGGUUUACGCAUAACAGAUUCAAGCACAGGGUUGACGAAUGUAUUGGAAGAGUUCGGGGCGCAGGUUGUUGGAAAUAUCAUUACGAGUUGGGUUGCUAGCGAAUCCGGCAAGGAAUUUGAAAUCAUGUUCAGAGCCGAGAAUUAUCCAUGCUCUUUACAGCUUGUGAUCUUUGUCGAUGGAAUUGAGCUUGUGAACCGAGGGUACGAUCAACGGAAGAUGGGGAGGGAGAUCAUUUGCCAGGGUGUUAGCAUUGAUGCGGAUACUGUCAAACCAUUUGUCUUCUCUGAUAUCGUGUUCCCAGAAGAGGACACGGUAUUCGACCACACGGGCAUGGAUGACGUAGGGACGAUCCGCAUCGAGCUACUGCAAGUUGUCUUCACGGAAUCCCGACAUCCAAAAUACCAUGUUCCAUCUUUAUCGAAUGACCCAUUGCAGAAACACAGUUGUAUAGCCGGAGCUCGCGGAGUUCGACUGGGAGAACAAAGACGAUAUCGCACGAAAAAGAUGACAUCUAUGCCAUUUGAUCCUGAAAAUCCUGGCCCGGUGGCGGUCUUCAAGUACGUUUACAGGCCAAGAGCUAUGCUCAUUUCACAAGGCAUAAUACCAACCUACGUCCCUCGGUUCGUCGAGCAUCUCGAAUCUCCGACACCGAGUAUGAGGCCGAGGGACGAAGGAAGAGAAGAUGCGAUGCGGCGCCUAAAGGAAGAACAGGAGCGCAUACAGCGCGAAAUGAUGGAGCUGGAGGAGCUUCGGCGCCUCAGGGAGCGACACACGGCAAUACAGCGCGAACUGGAUGAGUUGGAAAGUUUUGGAUUUGGACCGGAUCCUGUGCCAGACAGCUGAAGGUUGCACAAAUUCAUGUGGUCUGUUCAUUAUUGUUCCUUUGCUGCUAGUACUGGUUCCUGCAUUUGUUUGUGUGUUUAUCGCUCAUUGUUACAUAAGUCACUGCUGUUUUCUUCACACCUUAUUCGACUCAC